AUGGCGGCAUAUGCGGCCUUGGUUUCUCUUAUGCAUAUCAUCGAUACAAUCGAGCAUCACCAUUCCCCUCCAAUUUCUAUCCACAAACAACAACUUGAAUCUCUCACUCAAAUUAUUACCUUUUUGCAGGAAUUUCUUGAUGGUUAUAAGUCCCCUGUUGCUGACGGAGAUGAAGCUGAUCCGCUGGAGAUGCGUAUCGCAGAUGCCGCUUAUGCGGCUGAAGAUGCUAUCGAAUCUCAUAUUGUGGACGUGAUUAAACUGGGUAGAUCUACUUCCAACGAAGUCAGUUUCUUCUACGAAGAUCUACAACAAGUGAUAGAAGAAAUGAAUGUGAUUAAGAAGGAAGCCAUGGAGAUUGCAGCCGAAGCUCAGCAGCAGAGAAAGGUCUCCUUGACUCAUGCUGGCUCCUUGACAUCCUCUUCCAAUGUGAAGGAAAGCAUGAUGGUGGGCUUUGAUGACGUGCAACUUCAACUCUUGGAUUGGCUCACUGGAGGGAACUGUAAACGCCAAUUCAUCCCUAUUGUAGGGAUGGGCGGGAUUGGUAAGACCACUCUUGCCAGACAUAUAUUUGAGCAUGCCCUCGUUAAGGAGAAUUUUGAUAUUCGUGCGUGGACUACAAUUUCUCAAACUUAUAAUGUUAGAGAAACACUUAGUCAAGUUCUUCACCAAGUAACCGGAAAUUUGGGUAGUGAUCUAUCUGAGGAAGACUUAGGAGAAAAAUUGUACAAGUAUUUAUUGUGUAGGAGCAGGUAUCUCAUAAUAUUGGAUGAUAUGUGGAGUGUAGAGGUGUGGGAAAAGAUGAUGGUUUUCUUUCCUGAUAAGAAUGAUGGGAGUCGAAUAGUCGUAACAACUAGGCUCUCAAACUUGGCUACUGAGUUGACAAACUCCAACAGCAUUGAUAUGAGAUUUUUAGAUGAUGUUAGUAGCUGGAGUUUGUUCUCCGAAACUGUAUUUGGGGGUGAGGGUUUUCCUCUUCAACUCGAGGAAAUCGGAAAGAAAAUCAUGGGGAAGUGUAAGGGACUUCCUUUGUCGAUUGUUGUGAUUGGGGGUUUUUUGGCGAAGUCCGAACUUACACUGGAAUACUGGGAGCACAUAGAGGAAAACUUAAGCACAAUAGUGAAUUUUGAGAAUGAUGAAUAUUGCUUGAGAGUAUUGAAACUGAGUUAUGACCAUUUGCCUGCCUAUCUGAAGCCUUGUUUUUUGUACAUGGGGAUGUUUGGGGAAGAUGAGAAAAUUAGGGUCGCAGAACUCAUGAGGCUAUGGGUUUCUGAAGGCUUUCUUAAACCAAUAAUCAAUAAAAGCUUGGAAACAAUUGCGAAUGAGUAUCUGAAGGAGCUAGUCGAUAGAAACCUCAUUCUAGUUCAUGAGUUGGGUAAACUUGGGAAUAUUAAGUUCUGCAGAAUGCAUGAUUUACUGAGGGAUCUAUCAUUUCAAGAAGCUGAAAAACAGAGGUUUUAUUAUGUGUUAGGGCAAGAUUGUCCUCGAGGGAUAAAUAGCCAACGCCGCAUUGUUAUUCCCAGAAGCACUUCAGAUAAGACAGUCAGGGAUGCCUUGCAAUUGUUAUUCACUCGUUCUUUCAUAUGUCAUUACGUUACAGUUCCUCAAUUGCUAGAUUUUAGAUUUUUGAGGACAUUGACUACAUAUAAGUGUAUUGGUGAGUAUUCAGAAGAAAAUGUGUUUCAAUCGGUGAACUUGAGGUACCUUUCGGUUGCAGUACUUCGUGAGGGGUUCCAAAUCCCUUCUUCAAUUAGUCUGCUCUGGAAUCUACACACACUUAUUGUUCUUUCUUUGCGUGAACUUACUGCACCAGUUGAAAUUUGGAACAUGCAUCAGCUUAAGCAUAUCGAGUUCGCAGGUGGAGGAAUGUAUCUCCCAGAUCCUCCGAGCGGUCAUAGCGAUGAUAUUGUUAUCAUGGAGAAUCUGGAGACGCUCAAAGAAGUGGUUGAUUUCAACUUGAAUGAAGGAGUAGUCAAGAGAAUUCCCAAUAUCAAGAAACUGUAG